AUGCCCGGCUCCUCGCUCUGGUUAACCCCUCCUCCCUCUCACCCCCUCUACCCCAUCCUCUCCUUCCUUAUCUCUCAGCGCCUCCCCUCCGACUUUCCCUCGGAGGCUGGUGCUGCGGACGCACGCCUGACUCCUGAGUUCUUUGCUCCCCACAUGACCCUCAGCUCCGGCAUCUCCCCGGAUCUUUACGGCGACAAUCCCCAGCGCUGGCUUGAUUCGAUCCCGUGGCCGUCUACUGACGAGGUUAAGGUGCGGUUCGACGGCAUCAACUCUCAGGACACCUACUACCGGAGGUGCUAUGCAAAGGUUAAGCUGGAUGAGGGGAUCAAGAAGAUUGUCGGGCUGGCGAGGGCGAGGGGAGUGAACGGCGAGGAGGAUGCGAAUGGUGCGAAGACACAAGAGUGGUUGGAGUGGUGGAGGAAGGAGUUUGGACCCCACGUUAGCUUGAUGUAUGGGGAUGUGCCGAUUAGUGAUGACAGGUUGAAGGAGAUAGCCAAAGUCGUGGAGGAGGGCGGUGUCAAACUGACUGAGCCGGAAGGCAACGUUGAGGGAGAUGGUUGGAUUGGCGGUGUUGUGUGGUUGGUCCCUACUGAUAAGGAUAUCAAGGACUGGAAGCCGAUCGCGAAGCGAGUGUUGUAG